AGUAUGGUGGUAGGGUGUAAGCUGAGCGAGGGCCGCCGAGGGGCGUGAUGUGGGGUGAUGCGGGAAGUGAAGGGGCAAGCAAUGAUGAGAGGGGGCUGAUCGGGGGUUAGAGGGGGAGGCUAGGGGCUGUGGGUGAAGUGUGUGUGUGUGUGUGUUAGCAUCACUCAUGUACCGCCUCUUCGUCCUGCAGGUGUUGUGAUCGCCUGAAGGAGACGCCGUUGCCGCCGUCACCGCCUCCGCCCCGAGACUGCCGUCAGGGGUGGCCGGUGCCAGGCCGCCCCCCCCCCGCCCCGUGUACCCGCCUGCCAGGGCGCCGCAAGCUGACAUGACCGAGGCAGGCCGGCACACAGGGGCCGCCGCGCACGCACCCGGCUCGCAUUAGACACUCUUGGGACCGCUCGCCGCCCCCGUCAGGCCAUUUUCUCCACCGCCGCCGCCACCGCCACCGCCGCCAUGAACUACUCGCUGGAGCCCGAGUAUGACUUCAACAACACGUUCCACCUCAACUGCUCGUACCUCAACGAGUCGCUGGGGCCGCCGGACGUCAACUGCUCGCUGGGCAUCUUCCGCGGCGGCAUGUCGUCCAUCCACCUGGUGGCCAACGUGAUCAUGCAGACCUGCUACGCCGUGGCCUUCCUCGUGGGCCUGUGCGGCAACACGCUCGUCAUCUACGUGGUCACCAGGUUCUCCAAGAUGCAGACGGUCACCAACCUCUACAUCCUCAACCUGGCCAUCGCGGACGAGCUCUUCGUGAUCGGCAUCCCCUUCCUCAUGACCACCUCGGUGCUGGGCCACUGGCCCUUCGGCCCCUACAUGUGCAAGCUGUACAUGAUCACCACCUCGCUCAACCAGUUCACCAGCUCGCUCUUCCUCACCAUCAUGAGCGCCGACCGCUACAUCGCCGUGUGUCACCCCAUCAGCUCGCCCAAGUUCCGCACGCCCAUGAUCUCCAAGCUGGUGUCGCUCACGGCCUGGACGCUCUCCGCCCUCAUGAUCGUGCCCGUCUUCAUGUACUCCAACACCAUCGAAAUGGACAGCAAGACCAACUGUAACAUCGUGUGGCCGGACGGGUUUGGCGUGAACGGGCAAGUGGUGUUCACGCUGUAUUCGCUGGUGCUGGCCUUCACCGUGCCUGUGGUGCUCAUCUUCAUCUUCUACGGCCUGGUGCUGCACAAGCUCCAGACGGUGGGGCCAAAGUCCAAGUCCAAGGAGAAGAAGAAGAGCCACCGCAAGGUGACCAAGAUGGUGCUGACGGUGAUCACGGUGUACGUGCUGUGCUGGCUGCCCUACUGGGUGCUGCAGCUCACGCUCAUCCUCACGCCGCCGGGCGAGGGCCAGAGUCCCUUCAUGGUGGUGCUCUUCCUCAUCUCCUCCUGCCUCUCCUACAUUAACUCCGCCAUCAACCCCAUUCUGUACGCCUUCCUCAGCGACAACUUCAAGAAGAGCUUCCUCAAGGCCUGCACCUGCGCCACCCGGAGGGACGUCAACAACCUCCUCGCCGCUGAGAACUCCAUGUUCACGCGGCGGCGCGGCGGCUCCUCGCGCGCCCGCAGCGUCAAGAGCCGCGACGACGGCCAGCGCGACACCCAGGGCACCGCCAUCCGUGAUGAGCCCACCACGGCCUUCACCAUGACCACGCGAUGCCCCCCCAGCAUCGCCGCCAGGGAGAACGGCAGCCAGGCGCCCCCCACCUCCCAACUCUGAGGUAGAGGAGUGGAGGAAAGCAGAUCACGUGACACCGAAGGACCUCCCCAUAGGACCUGAGGCUUACAUCCUACGCCCGGAGUCCUGAGAGAGAGAGAGAGAGAGAGAGAGAGAGAGAGAGAGAGAGAGAGAGAGAGAGCCGUAUAGGUUAAUUAGGUGUUGUCUCGCUAGAAUAUAUAAUCUUGUUUGUAAUCGAAAUGACGUCAUAUCCGAGAGUAAUUAUAUAUAUGUAAUCUUAAGUGUCAUCACCAUCACUACCACCAUCAUCACCACCACUACCACUACCAUCAUCACCACCAUUAUUAUUAUCUUCACGGUGUUAUUUAUCAUGUCAAUCACCACCACCAUCACCACCAGUAUUACCACCACCAUCACCACCAUCACCACCCCUUAUAUGAUAUGCGCUAUUGGUGGUGAUGGUUAUGGUGGUAAUGGUGAUGGUGGGGGUGGUAAUGAUCUAACCUGAAGUGAUGUGAGAGAGGUUAUCAUCAUCAUCAUCACCAUCAUCAUCAUUGCAUUCGUCACCUUUGCAUACAACUAUUACUAUGUCAUCACCAUCAUCACCAUCACCGUCACCACCGUCACCACAACAACGACUCACCAUUAAUCACCAAAGCUCGUUACCUGCUCUCAAAUUACUCACUACGCCUCUUGAUUGCCCUUCCCUUCCCUUCCCUUCCCUUCCCUUCCCUUUCUUUCACUUCUCUUCCCUUCCCUUCCCUUUCUUUCACUUCUCUUCCCUUCCCUUCCCUUCCUUUCACUUCUCUUCCCAUCCCUUCCCUUCCCUUUCUUUCACUUCUCUUCCCUUCCCUUCCCUUCCCUUCCCUUCCCUUCCCUUCUCUUCCCUUCCCUUCCCUUCCUUUCACUUCUCUUCCCUUCCCUUUCCUUUCCUUCCCUUCCCUU